AUGUCAAGCGAAUUAUUUAAAGAUGAAAUUAAAGAAUCUGAUUUUGUGUUCAAAGAUGAAAUAAAUGGCUUAAUAAUCAAAGAGGAAAUAGAUAUAAUUGAAGACCCUGGUUUACUAAUCAAAGAUGAGGCAGACAUAAUCGAAGAACCAGAACUAACAAUCAAAGAUGAAGGAACCGAAAAUGAAGAAAAUGAGCCCACUAAUAACAAAACAAAAUUAUUUCCAUGUGAUUUUUGUCUUAAAACAUUCACAACAAAAGAACGACCACAUGUUUGUGAUAUUUGUGGUAAAAAAUUUGCCCUAAAACACCGAUUACUUAGUCAUAUACGAUGUCAUACCGGAGAAAAACCAUAUUCGUGUGAUGUGUGCGGUCAAAGAUAUGCUUCGACGCAAUAUUUAACUGAGCAUAAACGGAUUCACACAGGAGAAAAACCACAUAAUCCUACAGUAAUAUCAUCUUAA